GCCAUGUUUAUCUUUUGAAUGUAUUUCAUGAAGGUGCAGGAGCAUAAAACAUUAAUGCUGGUAGGCUGCUCGCUCCCCCGCCGCAAUGGGACCUUUCCAGUUCAGGAAGCGGUAUCAAGGCGGGCCCGCGGCGACAUCCGUGGCUGACUAACCACAUUGGCGGCGCAUGAUGAGCUGAGGUACAGACAAUAUAUAGAUUGAAAGACAGACAUACAACACCAAGUAUCCCUGAUAAUCUCACACUACAGGCUUGGAUGAGAAUUGUACUCAUCUAUCAAUAUGUCAUCGCAACGAAUCGCAUUCAAAGUAUCUGGGACAGUGCAAGGAGUGGGGUUUAGAGACUUCACGCAGAAGCGCGCCACCGAGUACGGCUUGAGGGGCUGGGUGAAGAACACGCACUGCGGAAGGGUCGAAGGGGAAGCUCAAGGACCCGAGGAAUCAGUGCAGAAGCUGCUCAAGGACCUCAACAGAGGACCCCGUCUAGCACAUGUUGUCAAACUGGAGCAAAAGGAGGUUGGCGUGAAGGACGGCGAAGAGAAAUUCUCAUGCUAUAAGACGUCGGAGUCGGGGUUUGCGAACAUUGAGUGAGUCGGGCUGUGUAUAGGGCACGUGCAUGCCAUGGUAGGUCGCGUGUCUGCGCUUGCGUGUACAUUGAGAAGGAGAAACGCACGAGGUCGUCAUAAUUGAGAGAGUAACAGUGCUGGGUGCUGGAUAAGAGAUAGCAUACAAUGUGACUGACUUUGUAAAAGCGUUGUGUUGCAUAAGAUGUCCUAUUCGUAAGAGCGCUUUUUUCAAUUGGUGUUGUCUUGAAGUAUAGAGACCACGGAAAAGCGAAGCUACGUAGCACUCCAACAAAAUUGGAACAACAAAUUCUC